AUGGUGGAAACGAGGCGGGGUAAGAGGAAGAAGGAGAAUCCACUGGGAUCGGAGAAGAAAAAAAAAUCCGCGAAGAAAGCAAAGUACGGAGCGAUGGAGAAAAUGACGACGGAGAAGUCAGAAACGACGGCUCUGGAGGAGACGACGGCUGUGGAGGAGAUGACGGCUGUGGAGAAGACGAGCGAUGUAUCGGCGCCGAUAAAUGUUCUCGUGGAUGUUGCGGUGGCGGUUGAUGCAAGAGAUGACUCUGAAUUGAGAAAAUCUGAUCUUCCUGAGGCUCGUCCCGCUGCUCCGGUGAGUCGGAGUAGAGAAUUGGAGGACGAUGAAGCGAACGUGGGAGAAGAGAAGUCGGCUGCCUCUGAUGAAGACAACGAAGUUGACGACGGAGAAGAGAAGUCAGCUGCCUCUAAUGAAGACGUCGAAGGAGAAGAAAAGUCAGAUGCCUCUGAUGAAGACGUCGAAGGAGAAGAAAAGUCAGAUGCCUCUGAUGAAGACGUCGAAGAAGAAGAAGAAUUAGAGGAAGAAGUAGGAGAGAAGGGAUUAGCAAACAAUGUAGAGGAAUCUGGCGAUGACUCUGAUGGUCAAGGUGAUGGUGACUGCGAACGAAGAGGGCGGAAGGCCAGCGGAAGAGGAAUCUGA